AUGCUCAGCGUCGCUGGAACCGAAGUAUUCGUCACCAACCCUCGGCUUCUCGCCAACGUGCUGGUCAACAAAUGUUACGAUUUCACCAAGCCAAACAAGAUCAGCUCAUUCCUGCGGCACAUCCUUGGCGACGGGCUCAUCAUCGUGGAAGGAGAUACAUAA